AUGGUGAUACUGACACCUGCAGACUCUCCGGAUUAUUCUUUGGUGAUCCCCUUCGAAACCCCACCAGUAACGGCACAAUGGGGACGCACCAUCACAUAUGAGGACUACAACAAAAUGCUGCAAGGCUACCGACCAGACUCUAUGGACGACAAGUGGUUCGUUAAAACUAACAAGCCUGAAGACGCUCAAGGCAAUAUUGUUGUCCACGCUUACUGGGGGUGGAGUUCUCAUGAACUGAUCGCGCUCACUGUCACGGCUGGCGACCCCAGCAAAACCGACGCCAAAGAGUGGGCCACAAUCACGCAGAUAGCGUGGAGGAAAGUGUGGCCGGGGAGCGAAGAGGAGAUGUCUGAAACAAAGGCGAAGCGGAAUGGCGUUGGGUUUUGUAAUCAUUUAUUGAAGUGCUCGCUAGAAGAAGAGGAUGAAGAGGAGGACGAAGAGGAGGACGAAGAGGAGGACGAAGAGGAGGACGAAGAGGAGGAUGAAAAGGACGACGAAGAGGAGGAUGAAAAGGACGACGACGAGGAUGAUGAGAAAGAGGAUAACCACGAUGACAAAGAUGAACGCAAGACCGACUAA